GAUCAUGAUCAUGAUGAACAAGAACUAAAAUCUUCAUCAUCAACAACAAGAACAAUGAAACAACAAAAACGUAUCGAUUCAGGCAUUUCAUCAUCCUUAUCAUCUGCAUCAACAAUGGUUUCAUCGAUUGAUUCAUCAUCAACAACAACAACAACAACGGCAACAACAAUCUCUGAUGAUACAUUACGUAAUGACGACGAUGAUGGUGAUGAUGAUAAAAAACAGAAAAAAAAUUCUGAAAUGUUAUCUUCAUUAUUAGAAAUGAUGAAACUAUCAUCAUUGGAAGAAUUUGCUAAAAAAUUAUGUUUCAUGUCUGAAUCACCAUUAUUAUGUCAAGAAAUGCGUGAUUGUGGUUAUGUGCCAAUGUUGAUACGUUUAAUAAAUCAAAAAUCAAUCGAUGACCAAGAUGAUGUAGAUUUACAACAAUUACAACGACAAUCGUUGAUACAUCGAAAUCUAGUACAAGCGUUGAAUAAUAUCAUUCAACAUACGAAACGUAAUCGUAAAGAAUUGAAAAUAUUAAAAAUUCUUGUAGAUCUCAAAGCAUUUGUUGAAAUUUUAUUGAAAAAAUUCCUGGAACAUCGUUCUGAUUCCACCACUGUUGAAUCAGUUGAUCAUCCAUGUAAUCUAAUCAUUGAUCUCUAUCGUAUGUGUACGGAAAAACAAUCAAUUGAAUUGAUUGAAUUUUUCGGUGGUGUUUUUAUCAUUUCUGAGGUAAUAAAAAUUGAUUAUAAAUGCCAUGGUGGUGAUUCAAAUCCAAAUGAAGAUUGUUAUCGAAUACGUUUAUAUUCAUUAAUGAUAUUGACACAUGUUACUUAUAAUAAUCCACAAGUGAAAUCAUUGCUUGGAUCAAAGAAAUCAUUUUUGCUUGUUUUAAUUGAAUUAUUAUCACUAUCCAAUGAAGAUCUUAUAGAAGCGAUUGCCAAAGUAAUACAGAAUCUAAGUUGGGAUACUAAUUAUAUUAGUAUGCAAACAAUGCGUGAUUUGAAAACCGUAACACAUUUAACGACUACAAUGUUGAAUGUAAAAAAAGAAUCCACUAUUAAAUGUUUAUUAUCAGCAUUGGGUAAUCUAACGGCUAGUUCACCACAGAAUAAAGCUGAUUUUUGUCGUGUUAAUGGUGCGUUAGAAUUUUUAAUUAAAUCAAUGAAAUUAUCCGCAGAUAGCAAUGGCAAUGUUAAUGAUGAUAAAACAAUGAUAAAUAAAUCAUCUGUUGAUAAUGGAAAUCGUAAACAAUCAAAAAAUGGUGAUGAAAAUAAAAAUUGUAAAAUAUCCAUUUCUGUCGUUGAAGCAAGUGGUCGUAUUCUUCGUAAUAUAUCAUCAUAUCUAGCAAUGGAAGAACGAUAUCGACAAAUAUUACGUAAACAUAAUGUAAUUGUAAUGUUACUGAAUCAUUUGGAAUCAUCAUCAUUGGACAUUGUUAGUAAUGCUUGUGUCACAUUAUCAAAUCUUUCUGUAUUCACAUUACAAACAGAAGAAUCAAGUAAUGAUCAAAUUUUAAUGAUUGAAUCGAAUGCUAUAACAAAAUUGGCCAAACUAUUUUAUUCAAAACAUCGUACAAUACGUAUUGGAGCAAUGGCUACAUAUAAACAUCUGGUCACAUCACAAGCAUAUCUAAUACAUUCAACAUUUAAUAAUGUUGAUGGUGGUGGUAAUGGACCAAAUCAUAAUCAACAACAACAUCAUCACAACAAAUUAUCAACAUCAUUAUCAAUAUCAUCAUUUCCAAUGAGAAAAAUUAAAGCAAUUAAAAAUGAAAUAUCCAAUCUAUCAUCAAAUAAUCAUCAUCAUCAUGUUGAUGAUGAUGAUGAUGAAUUGCCAGUCGAUUUGAGUAAAUCAUUUAAUUUUGGUUCAACCACAACAACAAAAACAAGAUUUCCACGAUCAACAAGUCAUGAUAGUAUCAGAAAUAAUCAAUUAAAUGGUCAAACAAUUAUUAUGACCAAAUCGACACCAGAUUCAUUUCUACCCACAUAUCAUCAUCAUCAUCAUCAUUCAAUCAAUAAAUCAAAUGGAUCGUUUACUACAAAAUCAUUAUGUAAUGUUAAUCGAAAAUGUCAAAGUCCAUCAACGACAACAUCUCGAAUUAGCUGUGAUAAUAAUCAUUUUAUAAUUUCAGAUGGUAUUUCUUCUGAUUAUGAUAUCUAUUCGGGAGAUGUAAAGUGCCAAAUUCCACAAAUUAAUCAAACAUCAAUAAAUAAUGCUGAUUGUAAUGGAAAAUCAUUCAUUCAUCAUGAUCAUGAAGAUGAUGAUAAUGAUGAUGAUGAUGAACUUGAUUAUACAACAAUUUCAAUGGAUGAAAUAACAGAUUUUAGUGAACGUUAUAAAGACGAUGAAGAUGGACAUGAAUUGAAUCAUGGUCAUCGACAUCAUCAUCAUUCAAAUCGUAAUAGAAGCGGAAAAACAACAUCAGAAUCAGUGGCUGAAGAUUCAGUGAAAAUCUAUGAAACCGAAGGUACACCAUUGGCAUUUAGUCUAGCACCAUCAUUAUCAGAUUUACAUGAAAUUGAUUUGAAAUCAAUUUAUGAAGAUGAACGUGAAAAUGAACAAAUUGUUGAUGAACCAAAGAAAACAACGAAGCUAAAAUCAUCAUCAUCAUCAUUGAAAGCAACGAAUUCUUCUAGUCAUCAUCAUGAUAAUGAUGAUGAUGGUAAAACAACAAAAAUUGUGACCAAUAACAACAACAAUCUAUCGCCAAUAAAUAUAACAUCAACGAUAAAAUUGAAUCGUAAUGUAUCACGUAUUUCUUCAACCAAAUCAUCAACAAUGCAAGAAUCAAAUGUUGAGAAACCAAUGUUACCACCGAAACCAACGAAUGUUGUCGAAAACCAAACAAUUAAAACGGAUAAAAAUAACAAUAAUACACAAUGGACCACCACCACCAAUAACACAAAAUCAUCAAUGAAUGGAAAUAUUGAGAAAACGGAUGGCGAAUAUUUUAAUGAUGGUGAUGUGGCCAUCAAAUUUGAAACCGAAGAUACACCAGCCAUUUUUUCACAUGCAACAAGUCUUAGUUCAUUAGAUGUCGAUGAUGAUGAACAAUCCAUCAUUGUUGAACCAUCAUCAGCAAUUAAUGUUUUAAUCACAUCAAAUGUUGAACAAUCCAUCGAUGAUAAUGAUGAGAAACAAAAUAAAAAUGAAACUAUUGACGUUGAUAAAAAUCUAGAAAAAUGUAAAAAUGAAAAAGAUGAAAUCCGAAAGAAAAAUGAAGACCAAAAACAAAAACAAUCAUCAUCGUCAUCGAUAAUUAUGAAGAAUGAAAUAAAAUCUGAAUCAGAUGAUGAUGAUGAUGAAGAUGAACAAAUUUUAAAGAAAUGUAUUGAAUUUGCAUUGCCAACAAAGAAGAAAUCUAAUGCACAUUCAUCAUCAUCAUCGACAUUAUCACCAGCGAUUGCAACAACGGCCACAAAUUCAAAUGUUAGUCAUAAUAAAAAUUCAGGCAAUUCACGAUCAUUAUAUAGCCAUAAAUCAUCACCACGUUCGGUUAAACAACAAUGUACAUCAAAUAAAAAUUCACCACAAUUACCAACAACGAUGAUGAUGAUGAAUCAUCACAAUAACAGUAGUAGUGGUCAACAAUCUACAACAUUAUCAUUGUCAUCAUCACAGCAACAAUCGCCAUUAUUGCGUAAUAAAUCGUCAAUUUCAACAAAACAAUCAAUGAUGAUCGACAUGCCAUCAUCUGGUGCACAAUCAGUUGGCGGUGGUGGUGGUGGUGGUGGUGAUCAACGUAGACAAUUCUUUGUGGAAGAUACACCGAUUCAAUUCUCUGAAUGUCAUUCAUCAUUAUCAUCCCUAUCAUUUGAUUCAGAUAAUGGAAUCGGUAAUAAUAAUAAUAAUAAUGAAACCGCUACAGCUACGGUAAUGAUUGCACCGAAUCCUACCAUCAACAACAAUAAUAAUCGGGAAAAUAAUAAAGAACCACACCCUCCUACAACAGAAUUGUUGACAGAACCAUCAUCAUCAUCAUCAUCAUUGAAAAAAGUCCCUAUUAGUGUUAUUCUUCGUGAUGAUGACGUUGAUGAUUAUCAAUUAUUGGAUGCUGUUAUUAAACUUGGUAUUGAUUCAAAUGUUAAUACUUCAUCAUCAUCAUCAUCAUCUGGACAUAAUGUUGCUGUGACAACAACAAAAACUGCAAUGACAAAAGGUGGACCACGUUCAUCAUUAUUGUCGUCUGUAGUUUCAACAACACCAGCAUUGUCAUCAUCAUCGAUGGCUCAUCGUCAAAAAAAUCUGUCAACGAAAAACAAUGUUACCAAGACAACCGUAAUACAACAGCAGGAUGGCAGUAGUAGUCAUAGUCAUAUUAUUUCAUUACCGAAAAAUCAUCAUCAUAAUUUCAGACAGCCAACGACAUUUAUUAAUUUGGCACAAUCAAAUAUGCAAAAUACUCAAUUAUUAUCGAAUCGUUCUAAUCGAAUGGCUGAUAAUCAUCAACAUCACCACCACCACCAUCAUCACCAUAAUUAUGAGGAUGAUGAUGAUGAAAAAACCUAUACAAUAUGUACACAAGCACAAUGUCAGUCAUCAUUUUUAUAUCCACAAAGACAAUCAGCAGAUGGUCAAUCAAGUCAAUGUCAACAGCAGCAGCAGCAACAACAACAACUACAACAACAGCCCAUAAUAUCGACGAAAAAUUCACCAAGAAAACCUAAACGUGAAAAUACAACGACAACAACUUCAGUCACCAAUCGUACUAGCCCGGCAAAUAAAACUAAAAUGAUUCCAAUACCAACUACACGUACUACAAUUCAGAAUAAAAACAAUCAACAACAACAACAACAACCACGACCACAGCAGCAGCAGCAACAAUUACAACCAAUCAACAUUAGUGGUAAUAAUGGUGAUCAAUCAGAUACUGGUUCAUUUGAUGAUCGUAGUAUACAUAGUUUAUUGGAUAAUACAAAACCACCAUCGAUUAUUGAUCAUCAUUCAUUAAUGUCACAAAGUUCGGCUAGUAUUGAUUCAGAAAUCUCUGAUAUCGAUAUAGAUAAUGUACCAAUACGUAAUACAAAUAGCCAGGAUUUAUUAGUUGCAAAAGCAGCAUCAAAUUGUGCCAAAGAAAUUCAUUCAUUAGUUCAAUCUUGUAUGGAUAAUAAUUAUGAUGACGAUGAUGAAGAUUUAUCCGAAGUUAAAGAUUCAUCAUCAUCAUUAAGUACGGCUGAUGGUGGUGGUUAUCAUCAUCAUCAUCAACAUCGUCAUCAUAAUCGAAAUUUAUCGGUGAUGAAAACUUAUAAUCGUGAUAAUGGUGAUGGUCAACAAUCAAUGUCAACUAUUCAUCAUACAUUUCAGGUACGAAACAAUCAACAACAACAACAACAACAGCAGGCACAAUCUCGAACAUUACCAAAAAUGAAAAUUACACAACAUUCAGAAAUGAAAUCAAAUACUAGCAAUGAUGAUGAAAUUGACAAUGGUUUUGAUCAACGUACAUAUAAUAAAAAUGACAUCAAGCGUAACAACAAAGAUCAACCAAAACAACAAAAAUUGAUGACAGGAUUUAAUUAUUAUGAAUCUGAUCAAUCAGAUACAGAUAUUUCAGAAAUAUUACCAUUAGAUGAUUGUGAUCCAUCAUCAUUGAAUCCGGUUGAUAACAACAACAGCGUACAAAUAAAUGAUACCGCUACAACGACAACGACAAAUGAAUCAAAUACAGCUACAAUUGUAUUGUAUAAUAAACCGAAUAUCGAUCCAAAUCCAUCAUCGAUUGAUCCAUUUUUAGCACAAAUGUUAUCUACACCACCUACAGCAGCAGCAGCAACAGCAGCAAUGAUAAAUAAACCAAAAACAACAAAAUCAUUAACAUCAUCAUCAUCAUCGACAUCUACAAUGAAACAAAAUCAUCAGAUUUAUCCAAAAUCAAGUGCCAGUGUUCAUUCAUUUGGUCGUUAUAUUAAUAAUAAUGAUAAUGGUGAUGAAUCAUAUGGUGGACAUCAAUUAGAACGUUUAGAAGAUAUGGAAUCCGAAACACGUUAUCGUCCACAUAGCCGUAAUCGUAGUAGCAGUAAUAACCGUAUGGAAGAAUUAGAUUUUACCAAUGGUUUCAAUCAACAAUUUUAUCCAUUCAAUAGCCAUCAUGAUGAUAGAUCAAUGAAUUUUAAACAAAAUUCACGUUCAUUAAAUCGUGGACAUAAAUUUAUGACAAAUAAUACGAAAGCUGAUUUUGAAGAUCGUGAUCUAAUGUUUACAAGUAAACAUCGUAAACAAGUUGUACAAAGUCAUGCAAGAUAUUUUCAGAAUAAAUCAUCAUCAACAGCUACAACGGCUGUAGUGAAAACUUCAUCAAAAUAUUUUGAUCGUCAUCCAAUUGUUGGUGCAGAUGCUGCAGAAACCAACACUGAAAUGGAAUUACUUAUGGAUGAUAGUCCACCUAGAUUACCAUCAACUAGAAAUCAUCACCAUCAUCAUCAUUCACAAUUACCACAAAAACAACAACAACAACAAUUCAAUAACAAUAAUCCGAUAUCGACAACAACAACAACAACAACAACAAAAUCAAAAGAAAAAUCUUUAUUAUCCAAUAUUAAAUCGAAAUUAUUUUCAUCACCAAAACCAGAUAAAAAAAGUGUUCAAAAUAAAUCAAAAAUUAAAUUCUGGCCACGAAGUAAAAGUACACAUGAUAAAUUGAAUGAACAACAACAGCAACAGCAACAACAACAAUCAUCGAUUUCGGAUACGUCGAAACCACCAUUACCAUUGAAUAGAAAUUUAUUAAAACAACCAUUAUCGAUUAAUGGUGGAUCACAGGAAUUGAUUAAUGAUCAUGAUUAUUCGGAUAAAUCAUCCGGAUCUAUGUUUAACCGUUUGAUUCCCAUAAGAAGAUCAUUGGCAAACCAUGAAAUACAAAUGAAAACCAAUCUCAUUCGUAGUACAACAUAUGAUUCAUUACCAAUUAAAGAUAUUGAUGAUUAUGAUGAUGGUGAUAAUAAUAAUAAUAAUAAUCAUAAUUCCACAGCAGCAACAACAAUGAUGAUGAAUCGAUCAAAUCAUCAUAGCCAACAUAAUCUGUCAUCAACUAAAUCAUUAAAAAUGUCACCAUCAAUAUCAUUACGUGGUGAUGAAUAUCGUUAUUAUCAACAGCAACAGCAACAACAUCAUGGUUAUCUUCAUUAUGGAUCAUUGAAUCAACGUGGUAAUAGUAAUGGCAGUAAUCAUUAUAAAUCACAAUCACUAAUACAACAACCAGAAUCGAUGACAAUGGCUAAUAAAUUGCAAACAAAUAACAAUUUUACAUUCAUGACAUUUGUGAAAACACCAUGUCCAAAUAACAACAACAACAACGAAAACAGUGAUAAUAAUUCCAAUAAUCAUCAAACAUUGAUGAAUGUUAAUAGCAGCAUGAGCAGCAAUGAAAAUGAAAAUCGUCAGAAGAAGAAUAUGGCCGAUACAAAUAAUAAUACAAAUAAUGGAAACCUAAAUGAAAAACGAAAACCAACAAAUCAAUCGUCUAAUCGUGGCCGAAAAGAUUCAUCGACAGAUUCAUCAAUAUCAACAUCAUCGUCAUCGAAUGCAAAUCGUAAAACAUGUCUAGUAACAACAGUUUGAUCAGUGCAUGUGUUUAUUUAUUUUUUUCUCUCUCUCUCUCUCACAUAAUUUUAUUGAAUAAAUUUUAUUAUUAUCAUUGAAUAAA